AUGGAGAUCUCAUAUAAGCCACUGGACAAAGAAAUAUCAACACGUAUCGAUGCCUUGUUUCCGAAGAAAGAAUGUUUUAUUGAGGUUCUACCGGGCAGUGUAGUCUUGCCGCGUAAGUUUGCGGAUGUUGGUCAGUCAAUUAGAGAACUGCCCACUUUUUCAGACGAUGUAUGGUUGGUCUCGUAUCCACGUACAGGCUCAACUUGGGCUCAAGAAAUGGUGUGGUUGCUGGGAAAUAAUUUAGAUUAUGAAGGUGCCAAGCAAAUGCAACAAAUUAGAUGUCCACUAAUAGAAUUGUCUGCAUUAUUUAGCGAGGACCACCACGAAUGGGUAGCCAAUUCGAUUGGAAAUACAGUUGAUGUGGUUCGUAACACACCGCGGCCACGAUUUAUACGUUCCCAUUUGCCUUGGCACUUAUUACCACAGAGUUUUGAAAGUGUGAAACCUAAGAUAAUAUAUACCGCUCGAAAUCCCAAAGACUUGUGUGUUUCGUUUUAUUAUUAUUGUAAAUUAAUGCAUGGAUUACAUGGUCCUUUUGAAGACUUCCUUGAACUUUUCCUAGACGAACGUUCACCAAUCGGUUCUUAUUGGAAUCACGUUUUACCAUUUUGGAAACGUAGUCAGGAUCCUAAUGUACUUUUCAUCAAAUAUGAAGAUAUGAAUCGGAACUUACCAAGCAUUGUACGGAAGUGCGCAAAAUUCCUUAACGUACAAUACGAGGUCACCGAUGAGAGUUUAAUAAAAAUUUGUGAACAUUUAAAAUUUGAUAAAAUGCAAGUAAAUCCAGCUGUCAACUUAGAUCCAAUUUUAAAUAACAAUAUUUUUAACAAUAACAACAACAACAAUAACAACAAUGUGAUAAAUAAUGGAGAUCAGCAUAGAGAUAAAGAAAAUGGUGAUUGUAAGUUUAUACGUAAAGGAAAAAUUGGCGAUUGGAAGAAUUAUAUAUCGGAUGAAAUGUCGAAACGCUUUGACGAAUGGAUUGAUCAGAAUACUAAAGGCAGUGGUUUAAUAUUUGAAUAUGAAUAA